UGUUCCUUUCUCAACUCUCAAAUUAGGAUUAUUCUCCUGAGUCAAAGAAAACUCUUUUCUCCAACGGCACACUUUUAUAGCCAAGGCUCAUUCCCAAUUCCCCUUCUAAUUAUUAAAAUCAUGAUUAUUUAUUCUCCUUUGAACAAGGUUUAUGGGAUUUCCAUCACCACAAUUAGUGGCCAAUCUAUGUGACAACAAAUGGGAUAGACAGCAUGUGAUAAUCUGAUUUGUAAUAGCCUCCUGUGAUGAGAUCAGAGUUUGGGGUAAAGCUGGACAAGUACAGUAGCAGUCUGAAAUUGCAGAUAGCUCUUCCAAAUCUGGGGGCAAACUGGACCUUCUUCUCUGUAGUUGUAGUCUUUUUGUCAUCUCUGAGAUUUAGCUCUGUGCUGAAGAAAGAACUCUAGGAAGGAUCUCCUGCAGUAUACUGUAUGUCAAAUGUUGCUGCUGCUGCAUAUACAGCUUUUUCUGCUUCAGUUUCUGUCUCAAAUUCCCUGUGCCAGUACACUGAUGAAAUGUCCAUUUAAGGUGAUCAUAGAAGAAAAGGAGUGGUUCCAUUACUACAAGCCAGGAGACUACUGGAUUACGGGAAUAAUGUCUAGACUCAUAUCUCGAUUGUACUCAUUUUCAUUCUCCGAGCCUCCAACCCACCAACUGAAAAGUGACAACACCUUCCACAACAUUUUUCCCUUCUUGUUGGCUGUUCAUGAAGUCAACCAGAAUUCAAGGCUCUCACCCAACAUUUCCCUGGGCUACAACAUCUAUGAGAACUUUUUCAGUGCAAGAAUGACAUAUGAGGCUAUGCUGGAUGUGCUGUCUACAGGACAGGAGAACAUCCCAAACUACAGAUGUGGUAAACAAAAGAACCUGCUGGCGAUUCUUGAAGAGAUGGAUUCUGAACUCUUUGAUCAUAUUUCCAAUGUCUUGAGCAUCUAUAAAAUUCCACAGAUCAACUACAGUGUCAUCAACCAGAUGGCUGAGCAAAAUCAUCGUUUUCCUUUUUCAUAUCGAAUGACCCCAAACCAAGAACCUCCUGACUCAGCAAUUAUCCAGCUGCUCCUGCAGUUCCAAUGGACAUGGAUCGGCCUCCUUUCUCAGGACAAUGAAAAAGGAGAAAAAUUCAAAAGAAGCUUGGAAGUUCUCGCUCUAAAAAAUGGGAUUUGCAUUGUCCUCUCAGGAACCGUCCCAGAAGCAAAUGUGCAGACAAGUGCUGGAAAAACUCUCACAGUAAGAGGAGAAUGCAAGUUGGAGACCAUCAACCACCCCAGAUUGUACAGCCAUGGCAGAUCUUUUUUGAAGAUGUUGAAUAGUGCUGGGCCUAAAAUGGAAGCUUGGGGUACCCCAUUGCUUAUGUUCCUCCAUGUGGAUGAGGUUCCCCAGAGGACUACAUGUUGA